CCCACCUCCCCUCUCUCUGCGCCCCCCCAGCUGCUCAGAAAGCUUCCCUGUGGGCUCCUUUGUGCCCCUCCCAGCCCCGCCCGCGCUCCUGUGUCCUGUGUGUGCGCCUGCGUUUUGGCUUCAUUUGCGGGUUUUCGACUUUUCGUUUCCGUUUGUUUUUUUGAUUUUUUAAAGACCUUUUUUUCUUUUUUCUUUUUCCCCCUCGCCAAGGGGCGCAGAAGGGCUCGCGAGCCUCUGGCCCGCCCCGGCCCCCCCCUUCCUCCUUGCCCCCCAUGCCCCGCCCCGGCCCGGCCCGCCCGCCGGAGGUGUGUUGUGUGCGUGCAGCCUGUCACUGAAUCCCUCUCCUGUACUUGCAGCCCUUUAUGUCACCGCGCUAUGCAGGCGGCCCCCGGCCCCCCAUCCGAAUGGGAAACCAGCCCCCCGGAGGAGUUCCCGGCACGCAGCCGCUACUGCCCAACUCCAUGGACCCGACCCGACAACAAGGACACCCCAACAUGGGAGGCUCCAUGCAGAGAAUGAACCCCCCGCGAGGGAUGGGGCCCAUGGGGCCCGGCCCCCAGAAUUACGGCAGCGGCAUGAGACCUCCGCCCAACUCUUUAGGCCCCGCCAUGCCCGGAAUAAACAUGGGCCCCGGAGCCGGCAGGCCUUGGCCGAACCCCAACAGUGCUAACUCAAUUCCAUACUCCUCCUCGUCCCCUGGCACCUACGUGGGGCCCCCCGGUGGCGGCGGCCCUCCCGGAACGCCCAUCAUGCCCAGCCCUGCAGAUUCCACCAACUCCAGCGACAACAUCUACACCAUGAUUAAUCCUGUGCCGCCCGGAGGCAGCCGGUCCAACUUCCCCAUGGGACCCGGCUCGGAUGGCCCCAUGGGAGGCAUGGGUGGCAUGGAACCCCAUCAUAUGAAUGGAUCCUUAGGGUCAGGCGACAUAGAUGGACUUCCCAAAAAUUCCCCAAACAACAUAAGUGGCAUUAGCAAUCCCCCCGGCACUCCCAGAGAUGAUGGCGAAUUAGGAGGAAACUUCCUCCACUCCUUCCAAAAUGACAAUUAUUCCCCCAGCAUGACGAUGAGCGUGUGAUUUCCCUCGCCUUCCUCUUCCUCCCCCCUCCCCCCUCCCCCUUCCCCUCCUCCUCCUCCUCCUCUUCUCCGGGAUGCCAAGCGAGCCGGCCCUGGCAAGCGGGAAGAUUCCAGAAAUUAUGCAAGAAGAAGAGAGAUGUUACUUACUGGCCAGGAGACGGUGGGGGGGACUUUUUCCCCCUCCCCCUCUCAACCUCCCCUUCUGCCUCAGUCCCUCCCUUCCCCCAUUUUAGUUUCAUGCAAUAAAAAGGCUGACUUUUUAUUCCAUAAAACAUGAAGGACAAAACUGAAAAGAAAAUGAAAAUAUAUUUCAAGAUGCAAAGCAGGCCCCCUCCCCCGCUCCGCCCCGCCCAGUCCGUGGAGGGCCUUCUAUGUCCGGGACACUUUUCCAUUUUCUUUUGUUUCUGUUUUAUUGGGGUUUUUUUGUUUGUUUGUUUGUUUCGUUGUUUUUGGGGAAAUAAAAACGGAAGCUUCUAGCAACCCCCCUCCCCCAUCAACCUCUUUGCUUUCUUCUUUUAAAAAAAAGGCAGAAAAAAGACAAAAAAAAGGACAAAACCCGACCCUGUUGUAUGUUUGUGCUGUGACCCUAUGGCGGGAAAGCUAGUCUAGAUAUGAAUUCUCCUGGUGUCUGUUGUAGCCAUUAAAGACCUAAUAAACUGGACAGUUUACAA